AUGUCAUCUUCAUCGCAACACUCUGUACCCUUCUACACCUCUUUUUCAACGACGGACUUACCUCCGGAUUUUGACCCCGAAACGGAUAUGAUGACUGCUGAAGAAGCGUAUAACUGUUUUCUUGAAUUGGACAACUUGAUUUUUACCCCUGAGUCAACUUUGAAUGUGGUUAUUGAAAGCGCAUCAUCUCGUAUUGUGUCAUUGUCCCAAUCAAAAGCAGAGGAGGAGGAGGAGGAUAUCUUUGCCUCUCAGCAAGAAAACCACUUAACCUCAGAGGGGAUAAGGAGUGAUAAACAAGGAGAAAGAGCUGAGAGAGGUUCAGUAGAUUCAGACAACACCAUAGUGGAGUUCCAUUAUUCCACACACUCUUUAUGUCAAGAGCAAGAUGGCUGGACCCAUUGUUCGGAUCGUUUAGACAAGACUACCUUUGCUUCUGCCCCUGUAGGUCAGAAUGAGGUGGACAAGAUGUAUUACCAAGAGGUAGCUUAUUACCAACCUUCACCUUUCCAAAAUUCCCAAUGGGGGGAUAGAGAAGAUGACAUAAUGGAGGUCGGACAAAUUCAGGCUACCAAUAUCUUGCAAGGUUGGGAGAAUGUUAGAGAUUCAACUGAUGAUCACAGUCCUACUCCCAGCGAAGAGGAGAUAGAGUUAGAGCGUUAUAUGGAAGCAAACAGGAUUUCUGUUCAGAGAUGGAUAGGUACAUUUGACCGACCACAAUCAGUGGACGAAGUGGAGAGCGCAUCAGAGGAACUCGCCGACUCAGAUGAGAGGGUUCUCCGCAGAUACGAGUCAAGAAGUGGGCAUACCGAGCGUGUGGAGGAGUUAAAAAUUCGUUUGAAUGGUAGAUAUUACUCUCAGGAAGACCUGAGAGAGGCGUCAGUUGAAUUUCUCAAUGAGGUCAAGAGACAAGUCAGAAAAACAUGGUGUUGUAUAAAGAACAUGGAAGCACUGGUCCGUGCGGCGAAAGAAGACCCGUCAUGGGCGUCUUUUGACCCCGAGGUGAAAAACGCUGUGGCUGAAUGGAGCAUGGUGACAGAAUGGGAAACUCCAAGAAAGAGUGAAUGGUUCGCAAGUUUUUUAAGUGGGGUAGAGCAACAAGAAUCGGACCAACAAACAAAAGAACCCCUUGGACAGAUAACGGACGCUGAUGAAGAGGAACAGGAGGAAAGCGGGUGGAUAGAGGUGACAGAGAACAACAGAAGUGACCAACUCAGUCUCAUCUAUGCUACUUUGCCAUAUAUCAGAUACAAACAUAAUUCGGUACCAAGAGCCUUGUUGGAAAUUAUAUACUGUCAAUGUUACUCUGAGGAUGAUUGA